UAUAUAAUCAAAUAAAUGACUCAUAGUAGUUGCAGGCUGUUUGUGCUAGCUGUAAUCUCCCAUCCUAUCCUGCUGAUACUGCUGCCCCCUCUGGUGAAUUCAAACCCCCUCCCAACAUUAGUCUGACUGCUGGAUCUGUCACAUUGAAGUUUGGGCUCCUGUAUGUCUGAGCCUCCUCCCCACAAGCCCCCCUUUUCUAAUCUGCUUGCUGCAGAAGGUGGAGCCCUUGCAGGAGGGGGGGAGUCACUACUGCUGGUUUUUGAUCUGGCAUUGCCUCUUGCUUUUUUUUUCUGAUUCACACACAUUUUUAAUUCCCACGGAUCCACAUUACACGCGUGCUAACCCCCCGCCCCCUUUUCUUCUUUGAAACUCUACCCACGCGUGGGUGAUCCCAAUUCUCUACCUUUUUGCAACACUCCCUGACUUACUCUAAAGUCACCGUGUUGAGGAUACAUUGUUGCAAAUGUGAAGGAAUUAGCUCCACCGGAUGGGAUUAUAUCUAUUUUCAUUCUAUGUUUCUUGAGAAAAGGAUCGUGGAAAUCCGAAGGAUAUGGGUGCUCUGGAGCUGACUUUUGCACUUGUUCUUGCAACUUUUUGUGCAGGCUCAGGACAUGAAGAGGCAGAGAAAAGAGAAUGUGUCUAUUACAAUGCCAACUGGGAACUGGAGAAAACAAAGCAGAAUGGCGUGGAAGUCUGUGAAGGAGAGAAGGACAAGCGGCUGCACUGUUAUGCGUCCUGGAGAAAUAAUUCUGGCUUCAUAGAAUUGGUGAAGAAAGGCUGCUGGCUAGACGACUUCAACUGCUAUGACAGGGAGGAAUGUAUAGCAAAGGAAGAAAAUCCUCAAGUAUUUUUCUGCUGUUGUGAAGUCAACUAUUGCAAUGAGAAGUUUAUUCAUUUACCCGACUUAGAACCCUUUGACCCAAAGCCACAACCAACAACUUCUCUUCUCAACAUUUUGGUUUAUUCUCUUCUUCCUAUCGCUGGUCUCUCUAUGGCCAUUCUUUUGGCAUUUUGGAUGUAUCGGCACCGUAAACCUCCUUACGGACAUGUCAACAUCAAUGAGGACCCAGGACCAACACCUCCUUCCCCUAUGGUUGGUCUUAAACCUUUGCAGUUACUGGAAAUUAAAGCGAGAGGACGUUUUGGCUGUGUCUGGAAAGCUCGGCUAAUGAAUGACUAUGUAGCGGUGAAAAUCUUCCCCAUUCAGGAGAAGCAGUCGUGGCAAAGUGAGAGAGACAUUUUCAAUACGCCAGGCAUGAAGCAUGAAAACCUCUUGCAUUUUAUUGGAGCUGAGAAGAGAGGAUCAAACCUUGAAACUGAGCUGUGGCUGAUCACCGCAUUCCAUGAUAAGGGCUCACUGACAGAUUAUCUGAAAGGCAAUGUCAUAAACUGGAAUGAACUUUGUCACAUCGGAGAGUCAAUGUCUCAUGGGCUGGCCUAUUUGCAUGAAGAUGUGCCCCGUUGUAAAGGGGAGGGACACAAGCCUGCAAUAGCUCACAGGGAUUUUAAAAGUAAAAAUGUAUUGCUAAGAAAUGAUCUGACAGCAAUUUUAGCAGACUUUGGGUUAGCAGUUCGAUUUGAACCUGGAAAGCCCCCCGGAGAUACCCAUGGACAGGUUGGAACCAGGCGGUAUAUGGCUCCAGAGGUGCUAGAGGGAGCAAUUAACUUCCAGCGCGACUCUUUUCUCAGGAUAGACAUGUAUGCCGUGGGACUGGUACUCUGGGAGCUUGUAUCAAGAUGUACGGCAGCCGAUGGACCUGUUGAUGAGUAUAUACUGCCAUUUGAAGAAGAGAUUGGUCAGCAUCCGUCACUGGAAGACCUGCAAGAAGUUGUCGUUCACAAGAAAAUGCGGCCAGGAAUCAAAGACCACUGGUUGAAACAUCCUGGUUUGGCUCAGCUGUGCACCACAAUUGAAGAAUGCUGGGACCAUGAUGCAGAGGCACGACUUUCAGCAGGUUGUGUAGAGGAACGCAUAUCCCAGAUACGCAAAUCGGUGAAUGGCACUACCUCGGACUGCCUUGUUUCCAUUGUUACAUCAGUCACUAAUGUAGACUUGCCACCCAAAGAGUCAAGUAUAUGAGCCACAGGUUACCUUUGUCUUUCCAGGCUCAGUAAAUUCAAAAAUAAAAUCUUUUUAAGAAAAAUACAAAAAAAAAAAAAAAAAAACACACACGAAGAGACAACACAUGAAUGCAGCUGCUAUUUUAUCUUGACUUUUUUAUUAUUAUAAUUAUUAUUAUUAUUUUUUAUUUUUUUGGAUUGGAUCAAUUUUACCAGCACGUUUCUAUUGUAUUAAAAAAAACAAAAAAAAAAACAUAAAAAAAUAUCAGAGAUCUCAGAAAGCAUUCAGGUGCCGACUUAUGAAUGCCGAAAUGGUGCAGGUACUUCAGAACCUCAACAAAACAAACUCAUUUUUGGAUACCUUUUUGGUUUUUCUCAACGAUCAUAUUUGUUUUCUUUUUUUAAUUUUCUGAAGAGGACCUUUAGGAAACCAUCUACUAUCUUUAGUUAACAAAAUGCUGCAGACUUUGUAGUAAGCUUGAAGACUGUUACAAUAUGAUAGACCUUUCAAACACAGGAUUCCCUCUUCAUAACUACCCUUGUCUGUUUCUUCUUUUAGAUAGUGUGCUCCAAAAACCGUCUGUUGUGUCUUUUACGGAUUUAACGGGUGUCUGUAACAUGAAGAAACUUGGCAGAGAAUGUUUUUUUUCUUUCUUUCUGAGAGCUCAAUAAUUGGGAGGUUCUAUGUGUGGGCAAACUGGGCUUGUAUUUUGCAGCAUAUGUGACACGCCACCAAUAGCUAUCAAACAACCUCUCAGGUAUCUAUUAUUAUAGAAAAGUAUGCUCUUCUAUUGAAGAGCAUUGCUCUAAGGAGGAGUACAGAGAAAGUUUAUGAUCCUUUUGAAAUGGAGAUAUGAGGCAGUUUCAAGAAAAUAGGGUUUUAAAGUCCAUAGCAUGUGACUCAAGUUUUCUUUUAUUAAACAAAAUGUAGCUGCCAGUACCA